AUGAUCUCAUUCAUAAGUUUGUUAUGUGGAUUCUCUUUGACAGAUGUCGAUCCAAAAUCUGUGGUCUGUGCGUUUUUCAAAAAUGGUAUGUGCCACAAAGGUGCCAAAUGCAAGUUCAGUCAUGAUUUGGCUGUUGAACAGAAGACUCAAAAGAAAAACCUUUACGUGGACAGCAGAGAACUUAAGAAAGAAGAGGAAGGUACGUGUUUCAACUUUCGGGAAAAACCGUUCAGCAUCAGUGACAACUGGCCUGGUUAUCAAAUCCUGUUUAUAUACCACCUAUCUUUAGACAAUAUGGAAAAUUGGGACGAAACCAAGCUGAGCGAAGUGGUCAGCAAGAAACAUGGAGAGGCGAACAAGAAGUUGAACCAAACAACGAUUGUUUGCAAAUACUUCCUUCAAGCUGUUGAAGAAAGCAAAUAUGGAUGGUUUUGGGAAUGCCCCAAUGGUGGCGAUAAAUGUCAUUACAGGCAUUGCCUACCUGAGGGAUAUGUUUUGAAGAAGGACAGAAAGAAGAUGGAAGAGCAAGAUAAGGAGAAUCAAAUUAGCCUAGAGGAGUUGAUUGAAAAGGAGGUAAUGUCCUUUUUGCCUCAGUUCUAUUUCAUAUAA